AACUAAAAUUAACUUCAAUGCUCACAUUGCUUGAUGGGUUGCUUGCUUCUUUUCUAGUUGGAACCAUACAUGGAUGAAGACUUCAUUCGCGGAGCCUUUGCGGCCAUGGGCGAGACGAACGUUCUUACUAUCAAGAUUAUCAAGAACAAGUUCACGGGAGAACCCGCGUCGUAUGGGUUCGUGAAUUUUGAUUCGGAUCCCUCGGCCUUGAUGGCCAUGCACAAGCUCAAUGGAAAGAUCAUGCCCAACAGUCAACCGCCGAUCCGAUUCAAAUUGAAUCACAACUCCACCCGUUUGAUGCCCGGAGAAAAGGACCAUUCGAUUUGGGUGGGCGAUCUCAGUCCGGACGUGGACGAUUUACAACUCUACAAGUUCUUCUCCGCCCGAUUUCAAACCGUCAAAUCUGCCAAAGUGGUCUUGGAUGGAUCUGGCUUCAGUAAAGGCUAUGGUUUCAUACGAUUCGGCAAUGAGCAAGAGCAAAACACGGCUUUGAUGUCCAUGAUGGGAGUGUCCGGACUUGGAGCGAAGCCAAUCAAGGUCAGUUUAGCCGUGCCAAAAUGGAAGAUGGAUCAACAGAACGCCGAGAGAGGAGAAGGCGGUCCACCGGGCGGAGGUUACGGGGGGCGUUCUGGUGGAGGCGGAGGACAGUACAAUCAACAUCACCAUCAAAAUGCUCCUUCGAGCGGAGGCUCCAUCACGGAUCACUUACCCGCCUCGGCUUUGGCCAUGGUGGUGUCCAAUGCCUCUGGAAAUCCAAAUGCUGGAGCCGCCAUGGUGGCGGAAGCGCAAAGCAAAGAGUACGCCCAAAUGUGGCAGCAGUACUAUAAACAACAAUGGGAACAGUAUGCGGCGUGGAACGAGUAUUCGAGUCAGUAUGCGGCCAGCGGUUAUUAUGGGGAUUACUCAGCUAAUGGUCAAGAACAGAGUGGUGAAGGAAACAUGAACCAUGGAACCAUGCAGGCGUUCCAAAGCAGUUACUCCAUAUUUGAAGGAGACGAUGAGGAUCUCGUGGAGCACAGUGAGGUUUUUGACACGGAACUGAUUAAUUCCGACUUUUUGUCUCGGUCUGAAGAGCUGUGGAGUUCGGCGGAGAAUUCACGAUGGGUCCAUUGUGACGAUGAGAACGAGGAGUGUGAUCAAAUCUCGACCUCCACCAAGGAGCAAUCCGAAGAGAGCCAAGAACAAGCAUCUGCCAAAAGGACUUGAUUAUUUUUCGAUCGAGUCACCGAUGAACAUACGCCGUAGAUUUCAUCAAAAUGUUAAUUUGUCACAAUCAACAACCAACCCAACCAACCCUCCUCGCUCCUCGCUCCCACUGCUACUCCUCCCCUCAUGGUCUUGGUCUCGAUCUUUCUUUCCCGUGAGAAAAUAGCGUUUUCUUUGUGAUAAGGCCUCAAGCAAACACAAUUCCUCUCCCUCAAAACACCUUUUUAUGGACUCAUGGGCUCAAUAUUGGGCCAGCUUCAUUUUGGACACUCUCUCUCUUGAAAUAAAAUUGAGUCGGAUCGCACUAAAUAA